AUGGUAAAGCUUCUGGUGAAGUUAUUGCAUUCGUGUGAAGCAGAAAGCAUAUCUUACCUUGAUGAGGUUGCCAGCUCUCCUGGAAGCCUGGGUUUGGCAAAAUCUGUUGCGCUUGAGAUCAGUGUUUUGUUGGUCCUUCAUUUGUUGAAGAGUGGACUUGGUAAAAAUUCCAAACAUCUCACUGCUAGUUCUGAUAGAACCUAUCCUUUAGGGCCUUUUCAACUUAAUGCAAUGGGUCUAGCUGAUAUCUUCUCUAAUGAUUCAAACUUUCAAUUAAUAGGUUCAACAAAUCCACUCUUUCCCGGUAACUGGACAAAAACACUAGAUGACGAGGAUUUGGUCCCUUCAACGCUUAUCAAGUUCAAGCCUACCGAAACAGAUUCCAUCAUCUUCACAGGGCUUUUGAAUGAAGUCUUGGAAAUGAGUGAACCCUUUGUGAGUGGUUUAAAGCUGAUGCUGAUUUCCCAGCUUCCACUCUUCAUUCUUUCAUUCGAUUACACAGGCACACCACCUCACAACACACUCGUAAGUAAUGGUAGUAAACUCGUGGUGAUACCGUUUGAUACGAGCGUCGGAGUAGUGUUGCAGGAUUCGAGUAUUCUUGGUGCCGAGAGCCACCCACUCCAUCUUCAUGGCUAUAAUAUUAAUGUUGAUGGUCAGGGCUUCGUAAACUUUGACCCUGAAAAUGAUCCUCCCAAGUUCAAACUGGUUAAUCCUGUUGAAAGAAACACCAUUGGUGUUCAGUCUGGUGAUUGCGAUUGCAAUCCGUUUUCAAGCGGUAUAAUAAAGUUUGGCCGAUGCACUGACACUUUGAUGUCCAUUUUGAGCUGGGGAUUAAGAAUGGCAUGGAUAGUCAUAGUCUUGGAUGGGAAGCUCCCAAACCAGAAGCUGCCUCCUCCACCGUCUGAUCUUCCCAAGUGUUGGUUUUUCUCCCUUGGAUUUGAACCAUGA